AUGCCAGUCUUGGCUUCUUAUCAUGGGUUCAACCUGGAUGUGGAGGAGCCGACAGUUUUCCAUGAGGACGGAGCUGGCUUUGGGCACAGCAUGGCCCAGUGUGGCAGAAAUCGGCUCAUAGUGGGAGCCCCCUUGGAGGUGGUGGCAGACAACCAAACAGGACGGUUAUAUGACUGUGCGUACCACACCAACAGAUGCCAGCCCAUCCCACUGCAUGUCCCCCCAGAGGCUGUGAACAUGUCCCUAGGCCUGUCCCUGGAGGCUGCCACCAAUCACUCCAGGCUGCUGGCCUGUGGCCCGACCUUGCACAGAACCUGUGGGGAAAAUAUGUAUGCAAAAGGCUCAUGUCUGCUGUUGGACUCCCACCUGCGGAUCAUCCAGACAGUCCCAGCUGCCCUAUCAGAGUGUCCAAAUCAAGACAUGGACAUCGUCUUUCUGAUUGAUGGUUCUGGCAGCAUUAAUAGAAGUGAUUUUGACCAGAUGAAAGGCUUUGUCAGAACGGUGAUGAGCCUGUUUAAAGGCACCAACGUCCUGUUCUCUCUGAUGCAGUACUCAAACCUCCUGGAGACCCACUUCACCUUCACUGAGUUUCGGACCAGCAAGAACCCUCGGAGCCUGGUGGACCCCAUUGUCCAACUGAAAGGGCUGACGUUCACAGCCACGGGCAUCUUGAAAGUAGUGACGGAUCUAUUUCAUAGUAAGAAUGGGGCCCGCAAAGGUGCCAAGAAGAUCUUGAUUGUUAUCACAGAUGGGCAGAAAUACAAAGACCCCCUGAAAUAUAGCGAUGUCAUCCCCCAGGUGGAGAGAGCAGGGAUCAUCUGCUACGCCAUUGGGGUGGGAGUUGCUUUCCAGAAACCUGCUGCCAAACAAGAACUCAACAUCAUUGCCUCAGCACCCCCGCAGGACCACGUGUUCAAGGUGCACAACUUUGCAGCACUUGGCAGCAUCCAGAAGGAACUGAAGGAAAAGAUCUUUGCAGUUGAAGGAACCCAGUUGAGAACAAGUAGUUCCUUCCAGCAUGAGAUGUCUCAAGAAGGUUUCAGUUCAGCACUCACAAUGAAUGGACCAGUUCUGGGGGCUGUAGGGAGCUUCAGCUGGUCUGGAGGUGCCUUCUUGUACCCCCCAAAUAAGAACCUGACCUUCAUCAACAUGUCUCGGGAGAAUGUGGACAUGAAGGACUCUUACCUGGGUUACGCCACUGAGUUGGCCCUUUGGAAAAAGGUGCAGGCCCUGAUCCUGGGUGCUCCCCGCUACCAGCACACUGGAAAGGUUGUCAUCUUCACCCAGACGUUGAAGCAAUGGGUACCACAGGCCGAAGUCACAGGGACCCAGAUCGGUUCCUACUUCGGGGCCUCCCUCUGCUCUGUGGAUGUGGACGGAGAUGGCAACACUGAGCUGGUCCUUAUUGGGGCCCCUCAUUACUACGAGCAGACCCGGGGAGGCCAGGUGUCUGUCUGCCCCUUACCUCAGAGACGGGCUAGCUGGGAAUGCCGGGCUGUUCUCCGCGGGGAGCAGGGACAUCCUUGGGCCCGCUUUGGGGCAGCCCUGACAGUGAUGGGGGACGUGAAUGGGGACAAGCUGACGGAUGUGGCCAUCGGGCGGAUCGCAGGCUCCCAGUUUUCUCCAAAGCUCCAGUAUUUUGGGCAGUCGCUGAGUGGGGGUCAGGAUCUUACCGAGGACGGACUGGUAGACUUGGCUGUGGGGGCCCAGGGACACAUGCUGCUGCUCAGGGGUCGGCCUGUGCUGAAAGUAGGGGUAGCCAUAAGGUUCAUGCCCGUGGAGGUGCCUAAGACUGUGUACCAGUGCUGGCGAGAGAUGCGCACCAUCCUGGAAGCUGGGGAUGCCACCGUCUGUCUCACUAUUCACAAAAUCUCCCUUGACCAGCUAGGUGAUGUCCAAAGCUUCAUCAGGUAUGACCUGACAUUGGACCCAGGUCGUCUGAUCUCUCGUGCCAUUUUUGAUGAGACCAAGCACUGGACUUUGACUCGAACAAAAAUCCUGGGGCUGGGGGAUCACUGUGAAACCGUGAAACUGCUUUUACCAGACUGUGUGGAAGACUCUGUGAGCCCUAUCAUCUUGCGUUUCAACUUCUCCCUGGUGGGACUGCCCAUCCCGUUAUUCCGGAAUCUUCGUCCUGUGAUGGAUAUGGGUUCACAGGACCUCUUCACCACUUCUCUCCCUUUUGAGAAGAACUGUGGACAAGAUCUUCUCUGUGAAGGAGACCUGAGUGUCAGCCUCAGCUUCUCAGGCCUGCAGACUCUAGUGGUGGGGAGCUCCCUGGAACUCAAUGUGACGGUGACUGUGAAGAAUGAGGGUGAAGAUUCCUACGGAACGAUGAUCAACUUCUACUACCCACCAGGGCUGUCCUAUCGGCGGGUACUAGGGCUCCAGAAGCAUCCUCAUCAGCACCCACUGAGCCUGGCAUGUGAGGCAGCGCCCCCUGGGAGCGAGGAGCUGAGAAGCAGCAGCUGCAGUAUCAAUCACCCCAUCUUCAGAGAGGGAAUUGAGGGCAUCUUCAUACUCACAUUUGAGGUCUCUCCCAAGGCCACUCUGGGAGACAAGCUGCUGCUGCUGGCUAAUGCAAGCAGUGAGAAUAACAAGCCUACGACCAACAAGACUACCUUCCAGCUGGAGCUGCCAGUGAAAUACUCUGUCUACACUGUAAUUAACAGGAACGAAGACUCCACAAAGUACAUCAACAUUUCAACUUCUGAUGAGAACUUCAGGACUGAGGCCAAGCAUAAAUAUACCGUGAAUAACCUGAGUCAACGAAACUUGGCCAUUAGCGUUAAUUUUUGGGUUCCCAUCCUGUUGAAUGGUGUGGAUGUGUGGGAUGUGGCUCUGGUGACCCCUUCACAGAGUCUCCCAUGUAUGGCAGAGAGGGAACCUCCCCAACAUUCUGACUUCCUGACCAAGAUUCCAAGGAGUCUCGUGGUGGACUGCUCCAUUGCCAUCUGCCUGAGGUUUCACUGCAACAUCCCCUCCUUCAACAUCCAGGAAGCACUUGAUUUCACCCUGAAGGGAAACCUCAGCUUCGGUUGGGUCAGCCAGAUGCAGCUGAAGAAGGCAUUGGUUGUGACUGUGGCUGAAAUUACAUUGAACAGAUCUGUCUAUUCUCAGCUUCCAGGACAAGAGGCUUUUAUGAGAGCCCAGAUGGAGACAGUGCUGGAAGAGUAUGAAGCCAACAAUCCUAUCCCCCUCAUUAUGGGCAGCUCUGUGGGAGGACUGCUGCUGCUGGCUUUCAUCACAGCUACAUUGUACAAGCUUGGCUUCUUCAAACGUCAGUACAAAGAAAUGAUGGAUGGCAAGGCUGAAGAUGCUACCACAUUCAAUGGGGAGGGUUUUCAGUCAUGA